GUUAGCGUAGGGACGUGGAGGUGACAUCAGACACACAGCGUAACUGGGGACGUGAAUCCCGAGGACAGGGAUCUUGGUGUAAUCGAGGUUUAUGAGUAAGAAUCACAGGAGGCUCAAUCUACUGAGAUGCCAAGCCCACGGGUCACAAGGGCGGCAAACGCCAGCACUUCUAACCCUAAUGGAAAAUUUGAGUUCAUGUCUCUGCUUACAAAUAGAACAAGUAUUCCAGAGCCAGUCUCGGCGCGACUGAGGACGUCUGACAGUCCUGUUCACCGCAAGGAUUCUUUUAGUUCUUCAUCUCAGCAGCAGCAGCUUCCAGAAGAAGACUGCAUGAAGUUAAAUCCUUCUUUCCUCGGGAUUGCGCUUAGGUCCCUGUUGGCUGUAGACCUCUGGCUGUCAAAGACGAUGGGUGUUUGUGCCAGGGAGGGCUCCUCGUGGGGUAGCGCCCGUCCUAUGAUGAAGCUGGUGGAGAUCUCUGGACAUGGUAUUCCAUGGAUUGUAGGAACAGUAUACUGUCUCAACAAGAGCGAGAGCUCUGCUGGCCGAGAAGUCAUCCUUAAUCUACUUUUUGCACUGCUACUGGACCUUAUCCUCGUAGGUAUCGUAAAAGGGAUCGUAAGGCGUCGACGCCCCGUGCAUAAUCGCAUGGAUAUGUUUGCUACGUUCUCCGUGGACAAAUAUUCCUUCCCUUCAGGCCAUGCCACUCGAGCAGCCAUGGUGUCACGCUUCAUUCUCAACCACUUGGUCCUCGCUUACCCCGUCCGAGUUCUGGUGAUGCUUUGGGCUGUGGUGGUCAGUUUGUCUCGGGUCAUGCUGGGAAGACAUAAUGUGACUGAUGUACUCUUUGGCUUUUUCAUGGGGCAUAUGCAGUAUAACUUAGUUGAAUAUUUCUGGCUCUCUCCAAGCACUUUACCAGCCCUAUUUAAAGCCUAGAGUCUCUAACGAACCAGUUCUCAUUUUUAUUGCAAUAUCCAAGCUUCAUCCUCAUAGCCUACAAACUUGACUAGGUUGUCCACUGCACCUUGCAGCAUUUUAGUAAACCUCUUAUACCUAUGAGGGCUCAAACACAUGUGACUAUUGGAAUAAUGACACUAGGACACAUUGCACUUCAAAUCCAACAACCUCUCUUUUGCAGCAUUGUCCUUUGGACCAUGUAUAUAACACAGCGGGGAAAAAUGAACGCCUCUGGACUGGAAAUGUAAUUGUUUCUUUUUUUUUUUUUUUUGUUACCCACUAUUUUGGGUGAUCUUAUUUUGUAUUACAUAAAAUCAGUAAUUGUUGAUUUUAUCAAAAAGAUAAAUUGCCUCAGUUGAACGGGUGAGAUUACUUUUUUAGGCCAGUAUUUAAUGGAAGGUUUUUUUUUGUUUUUUUGUGGGUCUUUUUCAGAAUUCUUUCUGCCUUUACAAUGUUGAAAGGGGGUGAUUUUUUAAUUAUUUUGUUAGUUGUCUUUACUAUGUUUAGAAUUUGUUAGUUCUCAAAAUAACUGAGCCAAUAAUGGAUAGAUGGCAAAAUGGUGGUGUUAGAAUUGCUUAUUUCCUACCAGCAUUGUUCAGAUCUUUCCAUGCUUUGCCAAUCAGCCUUAAUUAUCAUGUGCAUGAAAUGAUCCAGUUUUAAUAUUAUGGUGAAAAUGGUUUACACAUGAAUACACAAACAAUAAUCUGUGCUACAUUUUUUUUUCUCUAUAGAUUUGAAUGAAUAAACACUGGGAGUUCAUCUAAUGGUAGAUAACCUAAAUCGGACAACACAA